AUGGGGACUCUCAGAGAUCUUCAGUUCGCACUUCAGUUGAAGAUUGAGGAGUUACGGCAGAGAGAUGCUCUUAUCGACGAGCUGGAGCUGGAGCUGGACGCUAAAGACGAUCUGAUCCGCCGCCUGCAGGGGGAGCUCGACCGUCUGCGGCUCUCCGCUCCUGGCGCCUCAGCAGCUGGUCAACAACGUGUUUCUUCCCUGAGAGUGAGGAGAAAAGCUCUGCUAACAGAACCAGUUACCUUGGAGCCGAAACUAGUCUUACAAACCCCACCAAUCAGCUACAGCAAGAGUCAAGAGUUACAGCAGCUGAUAGAAUCGGCUGUGGCAGAAAAUGAGUGUAUGAAAUAUCUAGACAGGGAUCAGAUGCGGUGUUUGGUGGAUUCUGCCUAUCCCAUGACACUCAAACAGGGUGUGAGUGUUGUCCAGGAAGGGGAUAAUGGGACCCAGGCAUAUAUAGUUGAAGCUGCUCCUAGUCGCCCUAAGCCUACGCAGACUCAGCAGCCCAUGGAGCCUGCACCUGCCGACCCCACCGCUCAGCCUGCUAAGACUCAGCAGACACAAGGGUGUUCCCGCUCAGCCAGACGCUACCCCUUUCCUAAGCGCCAGGGACCCCGACCCAAGAUAGCAUUGGACCCGAUGCCUCAGGCGUCUUCCUGA